CUUUCAUGUUGAGAAUUAGUGGGAGGCGAUUGUGGAUCUUGUGUGUUGUAAAGCGGUGAGAAAGUGCAGGCGACAGACAGCGCGGGAGGCAAAGCAAUGGCAUUUAGAGCUACGAUCGAUGAUGCUUUUUUUCCAUGUCGGUUUUCCUUUGUCAACAAGAUCUCGAGAGGGGGCGGCCAGGGUGACGGGAGCCGAGCAGGGCUUCUCGGACGUCAGGCAGCUUUUCAGCAUGUAAUAAUUCUCUUGAUGUCUCUCGAAUGUAUUUUUUCUUUCUGUUUUCUUUGCUUUUCUUUUUUUUCCCCUCCCUUCGGCGCUUGAGAUUCCCGCCAACAAGUCUCUCUCGCGCUGCCCGCCCCAACCUCUGUGGGUCAAUACAGUCAGAUACCAUGUUUCACUCUUCCGCGGUCACACACGCUCGCCCGAUACGUUGCUUUGGUUUGAUCAUCAUGUGCCAUCUCCUCUUCCGCGCUCUUUCGCGCUCUUUCGCGAUCUUGCGUCGGGCGCUCGCGUCUUUUAGAUGGAACACGAAGCCCCGCCAGAUGUGGUUACACAUGGAUGGAAACAUUGAAGCUCAUCGGCACCCGUCCGUCGGCCCCAUUGCCCUCGAAGGGCGAAUAGAUGGAACCCGAGAUUCUUAUGGUUCGCUUAGGCACAUAUAGGGUGUGUCCGUUUUAUGUUGGCAACAUUGUCAGCGAUCCUGAGGUUAUAGGUUUAUAGGCCAUAGGCCACACAAGACGUCACAAACUCCAAACGCCAGACUCCAGAUCCCCUACACCAACGUCGUGUAAUCUUA